UGAGCAAAAUUCAUCGGUCUCGUUCGUCGUGGAGUCGCCGACUAUAACAAACAAUUCCGGACACCAAAUUUCGAAUUUCUGCUACUUGCUUUGUGAUCUGAUCGUUCGAAAUUGACCGGAGAAUUCUUUGAACAAGCUCGUCAGAGGUUUUGUUGGUUACAGAUCAUCUCUGCGGUCUUCACCACUAUGGCCGCACCGUUUUUUUCAACUCCAUUUCAGCCUUACGUCUACCAGAGUCAACAAGAUACUAUUACACCUUUCCAGAUUUUGGGUGGUGAAUCCCAAGUUGUUCAGAUAAUGUUAAAGUCGGAGGAGAAAGUCAUCGCUAAGCCUGCUUCCAUGUGCUACAUGUCUGGGUCCAUCGAGAUGGAAAAUACAUACACUCCUGAACAAGAAGUUGGAGUUUUGCAGUGGAUUUUGGGCAAGAGUGUAAGCAGUGUACUUCUUAGGAAUACUGGGCAAAACGAUGGAUUUGUGGGUAUUGCUGCACCUUAUUUGGCUAGGAUUCUCCCGAUCGAUUUGGCAAUGUUUGGAGGUGAGAUCUUAUGCCAGCCAGAUGCAUUCCUUUGUUCCGUCCAUGAUGUGAAGAUUGUCAACUCCGUUGACCAGAGGGCUAGAAACAUUGUUGCCGCUGGUGCAGAGGGAUUUCUGAGACAACGCCUAUCUGGACAAGGUCUUGCUUUUAUCCUCGCAGGUGGCUCUGUUUUACAAAAAGUUCUGGAGGUAGGAGAAGUUUUCUCCAUUGACGUGUCCUGUAUUGCUGCUCUCACACCCUCAAUCGAUGUCCAAAUCAAAAACAAUGCUCCUUUGAGACGAGCAGUAUUCGGGGGUGAUAACGUAGUAAUGGCGACUCUAACGGGGCCAGGCAUUGUCUUUAUCCAAAGCUUACCGUUUCAUCGGCUCUCGCAACGUAUUGCAAGGUCGGUGACGUCGCCAAACAUGAGAGAAAAUCCAAAACUGUUGAUACAGAUAGCGAUAUUUGCAUUCCUCGCAUACGCAGUGAUUCUAUCAUCGUUGAUCUUAACCGAAGUUUGAAAGCAGAGAGAUAGAAAGAAUUGAGGUGCUUUUCUCCGACCAACAAAACUAACGUUGUAAUUGUUCAGUUAGCUCGGGUUUGGACUUUUGGAUAGAAUGAAGAUGAAUGAUACACACAGCUCAAACCAUUUUCUUUUCGUUUAGGCACUCAUGUGUUAUGCUCUAUAUAUAUUGAAAACGUAGAUAAGGUCGAAGCUGAGCAAAAAUUGGAUUCUUUACUUUUAUCAAACAUAAAUUUAAAAAUAAA